AUGGAGAUGCCAAGCUUUAGCUUGAGAUUACAGUGGUGGUUUUUCCUUGUCAACCUCAUCAUUUGUAUUAGUUCGCUUAGGUUGGAAUCUCUUUCCAGCACGCCCACUUUUGCAAAUGAAACUGAUAAGCUUCCAUUGCUCACUAUCAAGCAUUACCUGGUUGAUUUUCCAAAUGGAGUUCUGAGUUCCUGGAAUGACUCUCUGCAUUUCUGCCAGUGGCAGGGGAUUACAUACAGUCGCCGACGUCAGAGGGUCACAACCUUGAGGUUGGAGGGUCAAAGCUUAGGUGGUUCCUUACCUCCUAUUGGGAACUUAACAUUCCUAAGAGAGUUGGUGUUGUCCAACAAUCACAUGCACGGUACCAUUCCCAGUGACAUUGGUCUUUUUCGACGGAUGUGGCAUCUCAAUCUGAGCACAAAUUCCCUCCAAGGUGAGAUUCCAGUUGAACUCGCUAACUGCUCAAACCUCAGAACCAUGGACUUGACAAGGAACAAUCUGACGGAGCAGAUUCCCUUCCAUUUUGGCCAUAUGUCGAAACUGCUAAUCCUGAGGCUUCGGAGGAACAGUCUAACAGGGGUUAUCCCAUUUACUUUGGGAAACCUUUCAUCUCUUCAGCAGCUUUCAGUGGUGGAGGGGGGUAUUCCACAUGAUUUAAGUCGUCUGAAGUGCUUGAAAUAUUUAUAUUUGGAUGUAAAUAACCUGUCUGGUACAAUUCCUCCCUCACUCUAUAAUUGGUCAUCUGCCAUUGAAUUUUAUGUAUCUGGCAACAAUCUGUCAGGAAAUUUUACGCCAAACAUGAGGUUUAAUUUUCCUCAACUCUGCAAGUUUGGCAUAGCAGCGAAUCACUUUACCAGAAUAAUUCCAGAUACACUAUUCAAUAUUUCAGGACUUGAACAUUCGGAUAUGUUCUGGUCCAUUGAAGUAGCGCUAACCAAAGAAGCAGUGCCAAUGGAAGGGGCUCAAGGCAGAAUAACCACAAUAAUGAUGUGUUCACUUACAUAA